AGUCCUGUGUUGAUGGCUGUGGAGCGGUAGGCCUGUGGCUGGGGUGCCGCUUCGGCGUCGCGGUUGACCCCCUCUCAUUGGGCUGGUUCCCGGCCGAGGACCCGGCCCGGCCCACUCCGGGUGAAACUGCUGCGGUGACCCUGCUCGCCGCCAUGCACGACGCCUUCGAGCCAGUGCCGAUCCUAGAAAAGCUGCCUCUGCAGAUCGACUGUCUGGCUGCCUGGGAAGAAUGGCUUCUUGUUGGCACCAAACAAGGACAUCUUCUUCUCUAUAGGAUCCGAAAGGAUGCUGGUUGCAACAGGUUUGAAGUGACACUAGAGAAAUCCAAUAAAAACUUCUCCAAAAAGAUUCAGCAGAUCCAUGUGGUUUCCCAGUUUAAGAUUCUGGUCAGCUUGUUAGAAAAUAACAUUUAUGUCCAUGACCUAUUGACCUUUCAACAAAUCACCACAGUUUCAAAGGCAAAGGGAGCAUCACUAUUCACAUGUGACCUCCAACACACAGAGACUGGUGAGGAGGUAUUGCGGAUGUGUGUGGCCGUGAAAAAGAAGCUGCAGCUCUAUUUCUGGAAGGAUAGGGAAUUUCAUGAAUUGCAGGGGGACUUUAGUGUACCAGAUGUGCCCAAGUCUAUGGCAUGGUGUGAAAACUCUAUCUGUGUGGGUUUCAAGAGAGACUACUACCUAAUAAGGGUGGAUGGAAAAGGGUCCAUCAAAGAGCUCUUUCCAACAGGAAAACAACUGGAGCCGUUAGUUGCACCUCUGGCAGAUGGAAAAGUGGCUGUGGGUCAGGAUGAUCUCACCGUGGUGCUCAAUGAGGAGGGGAUCUGCACACAGAAAUGUGCCUUGAAUUGGACAGACAUCCCAGUGGCCAUGGAGCACCAGCCUCCCUACAUCAUUGCAGUUUUGCCUCGAUAUGUGGAGAUCCGAACAUUUGAGCCAAGGCUUCUGGUCCAGAGCAUUGAAUUGCAAAGGCCCCGCUUCAUUACCUCUGGAGGAUCAAACAUAAUCUAUGUGGCUAGCAAUCAUUUUGUUUGGAGACUCAUUCCUGUCCCCAUGGCAACCCAAAUCCAACAGCUUCUCCAGGACAAGCAGUUUGAAUUGGCUCUACAGCUCGCAGAAAUGAAAGAAGAUUCUGACAGCGAAAAGCAGCAACAGAUCCAUCACAUCAAGAACUUGUAUGCCUUCAACCUCUUCUGCCAGAAGCGUUUUGAUGAGUCCAUGCAGGUCUUUGCUAAGCUUGGCACAGAUCCUACCCAUGUGAUGGGCCUGUACCCAGACCUGCUGCCCACAGACUACAGAAAGCAACUGCAGUAUCCUAACCCACUGCCAGUGCUGUCGGGGGCUGAAUUGGAGAAGGCACAUUUAGCUCUGAUUGACUACCUGACACAGAAACGAAGCCAAUUGGUAAAGAAGCUGAAUGACUCUGAUCACCAGUCUAGCACCUCCCCUCUCAUGGAAGGCACUCCGACCAUCAAAUCCAAGAAGAAGCUAUUGCAAAUCAUUGAUACCACCCUGCUCAAGUGCUACCUCCAUACGAACGUGGCCUUGGUGGCGCCUCUGCUGCGCCUGGAGAACAAUCACUGCCACAUCGAGGAGAGUGAGCAUGUGCUGAAGAAGGCGCACAAGUACAGUGAACUGAUAAUCCUGUAUGAGAAGAAGGGGCUCCAUGAGAAAGCUCUGCAGGUGCUGGUGGACCAGUCCAAGAAAGCAAACUCCCCUCUGAAAGGCCAUGAGAGGACAGUGCAGUAUCUGCAACAUUUGGGCACAGAAAACCUGCAUUUGAUUUUUUCCUACUCAGUAUGGGUGCUGCGAGACUUCCCAGAGGAUGGCCUGAAGAUAUUUACCGAAGACCUCCCGGAGGUGGAAUCUCUGCCACGAGACCGAGUGCUAGGCUUCUUAGUGGAGAAUUUUAAGGGUCUAGCUAUUCCUUAUCUGGAGCAUGUCAUUCACGUUUGGGAGGAGACAGGCUCUCGAUUCCACAACUGCCUGAUCCAGCUGUACUGUGAGAAGGUGCAAGGUCUGAUGAAGGAGUAUCUCCUAUCCUUCCCUGCAGGCAAAACUCCAGUCCCUGCUGGAGAGGAAGAGGGUGAGCUGGGAGAGUACCGACGGAAGCUCCUUAUGUUCUUGGAAAUUUCUGGCUACUAUGAUCCAGGCCGGCUCAUCUGUGACUUUCCUUUUGAUGGCCUCUUAGAAGAGCGUGCACUGCUGCUGGGGCGCAUGGGAAAGCAUGAGCAAGCGCUCUUCAUCUACGUGCACAUCCUGAACGACACAAAGAUGGCUGAGGAGUACUGCCACAAGCAUUACGACCAAAACAGAGAUGGCAACAAAGAUGUGUAUCUGUCCCUGCUCCGGAUGUACCUGUCGCCCCCUAGUGUUCAUUGCCUGGGACCCAUCAAACUGGAACUGCUGGAGCCACAGGCCAACCUCCAGGCCGCCCUGCAGGUCCUCGAGCUGCACCACAGCAAGCUGGACACCACUAAGGCCAUCAACCUUCUACCAGCAAACACUCAGAUUAAUGACAUACGUAUCUUUCUGGAAAAGGUCUUGGAAGAAAAUGCACAAAAAAAACGGUUCAAUCAAGUGCUCAAGAACCUCCUCCAUGCAGAAUUUCUGAGGGUCCAGGAAGAGCGGAUUUUACACCAGCAGGUGAAGUGCAUCAUCACAGAGGAGAAGGUGUGUAUGGUGUGUAAGAAGAAGAUUGGGAACAGUGCAUUUGCAAGAUACCCCAAUGGAGUGGUCGUGCACUACUUCUGUUCCAAAGAGGUAAACCCAGCCGACACCUGAGCCCAGCAUGCCAAGGAUUCUUCAGAUGGACAGUUCAGCUAUCCCAGAGAGGAGAAGGAGCACCGGCCUUAGGAUUGGGGGGCUGGCUACAUCCACCACCAGGUGUCUCCCCAUUUGGACACAACUGGCUACCUUGAGCCCUGGAAUAUCUCUGAAUUUAUCAGACUUAUGGUCUGUGUUACCAGCUUUUUGAUAGAAAAAGAAGAUAUUAGCUAUACCUUAUAUACCAUUAUGUUGCAGGCAGUUUCAGAGAAUUUACUACCCGCUUUGACGGAAAGAGGUGGGGAAGGGCAUCCUCCUGCCUUUGCACACCAAUCACCUGAACAAGGAAAGUGUCUCAAGUGUCCGUACCCCCGAGAUUGUUUAUGCAGAGUUUUCUAUUAAGACACGUGCAGGACUUGACGUGGAACCCUCUGCAUGGUGGCCUGGAGUCUGGGAGGAGAGCAGUCCUAGGGCUCCCCUCGCUUCACUGGCUGGCCCUGGCUCUCAGGUGACAGAAAUCAUUUCUCCAUAGUCACAACCCCACACCUCCCUCUCGCCCCCCCACCCUCAUCCCCUUGGGUCUGCCCACUUAUCUCUUCCUGUUUCAGUCUCCAUUUCGUCUUUGCUAUUGAUUGUCUUCCUUUAUCUCCCUUCACUGUUCCCCCACACACACACUUUGUCUCCCAUUUUUCCCAUGCAGGGAAUAAGUGAUAUAAACAAGAUAAAAUGAGAAGCAAGAGGACAUCUCAGUUUUCAGCAUACACUGAUUUGAUCAUUGAUUGUCAGGUAUGCUGUAAAUAGGUCCUCCUUGGAUAAGAGCUGUAUGCCUGGAAGCUUAGGGGAGCACUGUCCUCCAUCCCCCCUGGAGCCGUAUGUGACAGUGGCUCUAAGGAUGGCCUGCACUAGGUAUAAGACCUCUUAGGCAGACACCUGCAGCGGUGCCCGCUCCUAGGCUGCUGCUUGAGUGUCUGUGAGCCAAGUGCUUCAUACUUUGGCGCCUUUCUCUUUGCAGCCAGUGUGGUCCGCUUACCUCCCAGUUCAGCCUGGCAGUCCUUCUCCAGCUUUGUUCUGCUGGGGUUGGAGGACUGCACUGGCAUGUCACAGGUAGGUGGAUCUCUGCUACACACAAGACCGAUCAGAUGGGGAACUGACAGGGAUGUGAGGUCAGGCAUGUUUGUGAGGUGCCCAGGGACAGCUGAGAGCACUGCGGGAGGUGGGAGCAGCAGCAGCACAUGGGUUUAUGAAGGAACUCACUGCGAGAUCCCUGGAGUAGGAGGCAGGGAGACCCCCCUCCUCCCAACAGGGCACUGAAGGCCCACAGGAGGAGUGGCUAGUACUGCAGACCGAGGACCUACAGGCAGAGCAGCCCUGCAUCCUGUCUUCCCUGUGAUUUGCAGACACAGCCUUGAUGCUGCUGUGUUUUUAAGGUGGGAAGGGUGGGCGAUGGCGCCCAGCCCUGACAGUGUUUUAGUAGCCUGUCCUUGACAUGCUGUGGUUCUUUUUAAACCGAUGCUCUGUGCCAUGUUGGGCCUGUGUUGUAGGCCAGCUGGCCGGUGUUGUAGACUAGGCUCCUCCCUGGCACACUGCCUCGGAGGGUCUGAAGGUACAGAGUAUGUGCCCUCAGCAUCACACAUGCAGAUAGGGGCUCUGCUCAGGUUUGGGAGGCAAAGUGGUGCUUCUGAAGAGCCACAUCCUAACUGGCACGAGAAGCAUUGCUACCCUUGGACCUGUUUGCACAAGCUCAAAGAAGCUUCCCAUGCGAGCAGCAGUCAAGUCAUCAAGCCAGCCCUCUGUGCAGCAGAAACCCGCCCUGCGACUCAAACCCCGUCUUCCUGGCUUGCUGUGUUUGUAUCUUCCAUUCCCACAACCUGUGUGGCACAUGUGUUUGAAGCAAUAAAGAAUGUGUAUUUUCUUUCUGGAAUACAUAAACCGCGCAGUUUUCCCAAACUCCAUUCUUCCUUCCCUGGACUCUCUUUGCCCUCUGUGGAGGUACGGAGAAGGCUAGAGACUGGAAAGCUCUGUAAUGACUUAUGAGGAUCUCUUAUAAUAAACAUCAUAAAGUAAGGA